AUGUUCCGCCGCGCUACAUCCACUUUCCUCUCCCGCGCCGCCACUCGCCGCUUCUCCACCGACGUGGCUACCCCCACCACCAAUUCCUCCUUCGUUGAAGCGUGGAGGAAAGUUAGCCCCAAUAUCGAUCCACCUAAGACGCCUCUCGAAUUCCUCAAAACUCGUCCACCUGUUCCUUCUACCAUCCCUACCAAACUCACUGUUAAUUUUGUUCUUCCCUAUCAUUCUCAAUUGGCCGCUAAAGAGGUUGACAGUGUUAUAAUCCCAGCUACAACCGGUGAGAUGGGCGUUCUCCCAGGACACGUCGCAACAAUCGCAGAGUUGAAACCUGGGGUCCUUACUGUACAAGAAGGAACUGAUACAACCAAGUAUUUUGUAAGCAGUGGUUUCGCUUUCAUCCAUGCAAACUCUGUUGCUGAUAUUAUUGCUGUAGAGGCUGUACCAGUGAACCAACUUGAUGCAGACCUAGUGCAAAAGGGUCUUCAAGAGUUCACUCAGAAACUCAACUCCGCAACAACGGACUUGGAGAAAGCUGAAGCUCAGAUUGGAGUUGACGUGCAUAGCGCUCUCAACUCAGCUCUUACAGGCUAA